CGUGUGUUUUUUUCUGUCUCAAAACUGCGAACGUACGUUUAAACUGGACUUUUUGUCUUUUUCAGUUUCUCUGCAGGUGGAUAUUGUUCCCAGCCAAGGGGAAAUCAGCGUGGGAGAGUCCAAGUUCUUCCUGUGCCAAGUGGCCGGAGAUGCCAAAGAUAAAGACAUCUCCUGGUUCUCCCCCAACGGAGAGAAGCUCACCCCGAACCAGCAGCGGAUCUCGGUGGUGUGGAACGACGACUCCUCUUCCACCCUCACCAUCUACAACGCCAACAUCGACGACGCCGGCAUCUACAAGUGCGUGGUCACUGCGGAGGAUGGCACCGAGUCGGAGGCCACAGUCAACGUGAAGAUCUUCCAGAAGCUCAUGUUCAAGAACGCACCGACCCCACAGGAGUUCAGAGAGGGAGAAGACGCCGUGAUCGUGUGCGAUGUGGUCAGCUCCCUCCCCCCAACCAUCAUCUGGAAGCACAAAGGCCGAGAUGUCAUCCUGAAAAAAGAUGUCCGAUUCAUAGUCCUGGCCAACAACUACCUCCAGAUCCGGGGCAUCAAGAAAACAGAUGAGGGCACUUACCGCUGUGAGGGCAGGAUCCUGGCCCGCGGGGAGAUCAACUUCAAGGACAUUCAGGUCAUUGUGAAUGUACCACCCACCGUCCAGGCCAGGCAGAGCAUAGUGAAUGCCACCGCCAACCUCGGCCAGUCCGUCACCCUCGUGUGCAACGCCGAAGGCUUCCCGGAGCCCACCAUGAGCUGGACAAAGGACGGGGAGCAGAUAGAGAAUGAGGAGGACGAGAAAUACGUCUUCAGCGACGACAGCUCCGAGCUGACCAUCAGGAAGGUGGACAAGAGCGACGAGGCCGAGUACGUCUGCAUCGCCGAGAACAAGGCGGGCGAGCAGGACGCGUCCAUCCACCUCAAGGUCUUCGCAAAACCCAAAAUCACCUACGUAGAGAACCAGACUGCCAUGGAACUAGAGGAACAGGUCACUCUUACCUGUGAAGCCUCGGGAGACCCCAUUCCCUCAAUCACCUGGAGAACAUCCACCCGAAACAUCAGCAGCGAAGAAAAGGCUUCGUGGACUCGACCAGAGAAGCAAGAGACCCUGGACGGGCACAUGGUGGUGCGCAGCCACGCCCGCGUGUCGUCCCUGACCCUGAAGAGCAUCCAGUACACCGACGCCGGGGAGUACGUCUGCACUGCCAGCAACACCAUCGGCCAGGACUCCCAGUCCAUGUACCUCGAAGUGCAAUAUGCCCCCAAGCUGCAGGGCCCCGUGGCUGUGUACACGUGGGAGGGGAACCAGGUGAACAUCACCUGCGAGGUGUUUGCCUACCCCAGUGCCACUAUCUCCUGGUUCCGCGACGGUCAGCUGCUGCCCAGCUCCAACUACAGCAACAUCAAGAUCUACAACACCCCAUCCGCCAGCUACCUGGAGGUGACCCCAGACUCUGAAAAUGAUUUUGGAAACUACAACUGUACUGCAGUGAAUCGCAUUGGACAGGAGUCUUUGGAAUUCAUCCUUGUCCAAGCAGACACCCCAUCCUCACCAUCCAUCGACCAGGUGGAGCCAUACUCUAGCACGGCACAGGUGCAGUUUGAUGAGCCAGAGGCCACAGGCGGGGUGCCCAUCCUCAAAUACAAAGCAGAGUGGAGAGCGAUGGGAGAGGAGGUGUGGCACUCCAAGUGGUAUGAUGCCAAGGAAGCCAGCAUGGAGGGCAUCGUCACCAUCGUGGGCCUCAAGCCCGAGACGACGUACGCAGUCCGGCUGGCGGCCCUCAACGGCAAGGGCCUGGGCGAGAUCAGCGCCGCCUCCGAGUUCAAGACGCAGCCAGUCCGGGAACCCAGCGCACCUAAGCUCGAAGGGCAGAUGGGAGAGGAUGGAAACUCUAUUAAGGUGAAGCUGAUCAAGCAAGACGACGGCGGCUCCCCCAUCCGACACUACCUGGUCAAAUACCGAGCGAAGCUCUCCUCCGAGUGGAAACCAGAGAUCAGGCUCCCAUCUGGCAGUGACCACGUCAUGCUCAAGUCCCUGGACUGGAAUGCCGAGUACGAGGUCUAUGUGGUGGCCGAGAACCAGCAGGGCAAGUCCAAGGCGGCGCACUUCGUGUUCAGGACCUCAGCCCAGCCCACAGCCAUCCCAGCCAACGGCGGCCCCACCUCGGGCCUGAGCACUGGCGCCAUCGUGGGCAUCCUCGUCGUGACCUUCGUCCUGCUCCUGGUGGCCGUGGACGUCACCUGCUACUUCCUCAACAAGUGUGGCCUGCUCAUGUGCAUCGCCGUCAACCUGUGUGGCAAAGCCGGGCCCGGAGCCAAGGGCAAGGACAUGGAGGAGGGCAAAGCCGCCUUCUCGAAAGACGAGUCCAAGGAGCCCAUCGUGGAGGUGCGAACGGAGGAGGAGCGGACCCCAAACCACGACGGAGGGAAACACACGGAGCCCAACGAGACCACGCCGCUGACGGAGCCCGAGCUGCCUGCUGACACCACAGCCACUGUCGAGGACAUGCUGCCUUCUGUCACCACCGUCACCGCUAACUCUGACACUAUCACCGAAACCUUUGCCACUGCUCAGAACAGCCCCACCAGUGAGACCACCACCCUGACCUCCAGUAUCGCCCCCCCGGUCGCGGCCACCCCUGAUUCAAACUCUGUGCCCGCCGGCCAGGCCGCCCCGUCCAAGGGGUCCGGCGUCUCUGCCGCCUCCCCGGCCCCGGCCCCAGCCCCCAAGGUCGCGCCCCUCGUUGACCUGAGCGACCCUCCGUCCUCGGCCCCGGCCGCCAGCAACCUGUCCUCUAGCGUGCUGGCCAACCAGGGGGCCGUGCUCAGCCCCAGCGCCCCGGCCAGCGCGGGCGAGGCCCCCAAGGCCCCUCCAGCCAGCAAGGCCGUCUCCCCGUCGGCAGCCAGUCCCCUGGCAGCAGCCCCGACGGCCCCCGCCCCGGAAGCCCCCCAGGCCAAGCAGGAGGCCCCCGGCACCAAAGGUCCGGACCCCGAGCCCACCCAGUCCGGCGCCUCGAAGAGCCCACCCGAGGCCGCCAGGGUCCUCACCAGCCCGAAGAGCGAGGCGGCCUCCGUCAGCACCACAAACCCUGCCCCGGGCGAGGACUUUAAAAUGGACGAAGGGAACUUCAAGACCCCAGAUAUUGACCUUGCCAAGGAUGUUUUUGCAGCCCUGGGCUCUCCUGCUCCCGCCGCUGGGGCCAGUGGACAAGCCUCUGAGCUUGCUCCUUCCACGGCCGACGGCUCUCUUCCGCCUGCACCAGCCAAGACCGAGAAGGGUCCCGUAGAAGCAAAGCCGGAGACAGAAACGAAGCCAGCGCCAGCCGAAGUCCAGACGGUCCCCAAUGAUGCCACACAAACAAAGGAGAACGAGAGCAAAGCGUGA